AUCCAAUUCGCUCAUGCGACUUUGACCAAGAUGUAUUCCCGCGAUGAAAUUUCGAGUGCGGUCUUGAGAUUAUACCAAGAAGUCAUACGGCACCCAUAUAUGGACGAGAAUGCACUCAUUUUACCCCCUCCGAACGGCUGGGAUACCGUCAGCAUCGAAGGGAAAAACGAAACUGUCAUGGACUUACUUCGUCAUCUCCCAUACCUCCGCUCGGUCAAUUCAUUUCGCAAACUCCUUAUUCAUUGGGAGACAAUUCCUAUUUGCUACUCUAACCCCGAAAACUACAACUUCCAAGAAGAAAUUUAUCCCCUCCCAGCCCAUUGCGUUUAUCUCACACGCAGCCACGACCGAGAAGGCACAUCUUUAAUCAUCGACACUAACGAAGGCACCAUAACUGAAUACUCCAAUAGCGGGACCGAAAUCGUGCUUCCUUACGAGGAAUUUGAAGCACUUCCCGAGGCAGAAAAUUGGAGAGGGUUUCGCACAACGCCCGCCGUUGAGCUAUUGGAUACCUGGCGGCGAAAAUAUGAGAAACUCGUCUGGACGCUCGUACCGAACCCGAUAGGCAGGCCGCAGACGGGUAGGUUCUAUAGUCGCGCCGAUUCGCGUUUUGAAGAAGAGCAGUUCCUAAACCAAGAGCGGCUGGAGCCGUGGCAGCUUCAAGAUGACGUCACUCCCGACCAGGAAAGUGAAUUCGAUAGGAUACAGCGCGAAGCGAGAACGAGAGCGAAGAAGCAUGCGGGUGAUGUUUAUAAUACAUAUCUCCGCUAUGGAUGGCCCGAUCACUUCGAUAAGGGGCGAUGCAGAGCCGAGUUGUUGGAGAUGGAGAAGAACAGAGAUGCGGAUGAGAGACGGCACAGGGAUGCAUACAAUCCAGAUGCGGGUCGAUUUGAUUGAGACAGCUAAAUGGCAUUGCAUGGAAUGUUCUCGUACUAUUCACAUAGAUAUAUGUGAAUUAUCGACGACUAUUUAACAGGAAUAGGUUGUGCUUGGAUUGAGCUACAGUCUAAAUCUUGCCAAUCAUAAACCAGUUACCCGUGGUUGCGCGGGUGUUCCACGGGGGCCGCUAGAAGCAGUGGCGCUGCUCACUGGAGUAACAGCGGCUUUUAGCACUGUCUGUGUUGUUGAUGCGAC